GUCUGUGUUUAUGUGCGUGCGUGAGUGAAGGCUCAGGCGCAGACUGCCUAUUGGUAUCUAAUCUUCGGCACCCUCCCUUCUCUCCCUCCUCUCCACCCCCCCUCCUCCCUCCUCUGUCGCUUUUUUUUUUUUUUUUUUUUUUUUUUUUUUUGAUUUCAGGCUCAUUUUGUGGAGUUUCUGCCCCUCUCUGCGUCAGCCACACGUCACUUUGCCGGCAGCUCCCCGGCUUGGGCUGGAGCAGGAGCCGGGGCUGCUUUAUUAUCAGCUGGAGGGAGGAGGAGACGGUGCGUAAAGCGGCGAGCACGGCGCCCCGAGCCCCGCCGCCGCCGCCGCCGCGGGCUGCGCCCUCCCUCCCCGCCCUCCCUCCCUCUUUCCCUCCCUCCCUGUCUCUGUCCCUCCCUCCCUCCUUCUCUCCAUCCCUCCCGCGGGCAGCGGCCGCCCGAGCCCCCGCAGGUAGGAGCGCAGCCUCCGCCACCUGCCCCUGCCGCUCCGCGCGUUUUGCAGCAUCAUCGGGAGCCGCCGCGGGGGCAGGCGGCGCCGCUGCCCACCCGCGGGGCCGGGGCAGGUGCCGAGCCGUGCCGGCUCCCUCCUGGGUCCCGCCGCCCCUCGUAGCCCCCGGUCGGGCACGGCGGCGGCUGCGGCUGCGGCGCGCCCAUGUGAGCCCCGGCCGCGUGGUGCCGGCCCGCGGCGCGGAAGGCUGCGCACCCUCCGCAGCAUCCCGAGGAGGCCGUCGGGCAGCGCUGGGGUGAUGGGGGGAGGCACGGUGUCCAGCAGGCGGAGGCCGGGCCCCGGCCUGGCGAGGCUGUGGGGCUUGUGCUGCCUGGUGCUGGGCUGCUGGCGGGGCGCUCUGGGCUGCCCUGCGUCCUGCCGCUGCAGCUCCUGGCGGAUCUGGUGCGCCGAGCCGGUGCCGGGCAUCUCCUCCUUCCCCGUGCCGCAGCGGAGCGCCGAGGGCGACAAUGUCACCGAGAUUUAUAUCGCAAACCAGCAAAAAUUAGAAAGCAUUAAUGACAAUGAAGUUGGAUUUUAUGUCGGACUUAAAAAUCUGACUGUGGUGAAUUCGGGCUUACGGUUUGUGUCCCGUCAGGCAUUUACGAAAAACGUCAACCUACAAUACAUCAAUUUAUCCAGAAACAAGCUCUCGAGUUUGUCCAAGAAACCUUUUCGCCAUCUCGGUUUGUCUGAUCUGAUAUUGGUGGACAAUCCAUUCAAGUGUUCCUGUGAAAUUAUGUGGAUCAAGAAAUUUCAAGAGACCAAGUUUUACACAGAAACUCAGGAUUUAUAUUGUUUAGAUGACAACAACAAGAGGACAGCCUUGAUGGACAUGAAGGUCCCAAACUGCGACUUACCCUCAGCAAACUUAAGCAAUUACAACAUCACCGUGGUAGAAGGAAAGAGCAUCACAUUGUACUGUGAUACUACUGGAGGGCCGCCCCCUAAUGUGUCCUGGGUGCUCACUAAUUUUGUUUCAAACCAUGAGAGUGACACAAGUAAGAAUCCUGCUUCGCUAACAAUAAAGAACGUCUCAUCCAUGGACAGUGGGCUGUGGAUUUCAUGUGUGGCAGAGAACAUUGUGGGAGAGGACCAAGCCUCUGCUGAGCUCACGGUAUUCUUUGCACCAAAUAUCACAUUUAUUGAAUCUCCAACCCCGGACCACCACUGGUGUAUUCCAUUCACUGUGAAAGGGAACCCUAAGCCCACAUUGCAGUGGUUCUAUGAAGGGGCUAUACUGAAUGAGUCUGAAUACAUCUGUACUAAAAUACAUGUUAUCAAUCAAAGUGAAUACCAUGGCUGCCUUCAGCUGGACAACCCUACACACCUGAAUAAUGGUGCUUAUACCUUACUGGCAAAGAAUGAGUAUGGAGAAGAUGAAAAGCGGGUUGAUGCUCAUUUCAUGUCAGUGCCUGGAGAUGGUAGUGGCCCAAUUGUGGAUCCAGACGUUUAUGAGUAUGAAACCACGCCUAAUGAUCUUGGAGACACCACAAAUAACAGUAAUCAAAUCACUUCUACGGAUGUUUCCAACAAAGAGAAUGAAGAUAGCAUCACUGUGUAUGUUGUGGUGGGAAUUGCAGCGCUGGUGUGCACUGGCUUAGUAAUAAUGCUUAUUAUUCUGAAGUUUGGAAGACACUCUAAGUUUGGAAUGAAAGUUCAUGGUGAAGUAAAAGGAGUUGGUCUGGUAGAUCAAAUAUGGCUUUCGUUGCAAGACUGCGACAAUGAAGGUCCUUCUUCAGUUAUAAGCAAUGAUGAUGAUUCAGCCAGUCCUCUCCAUCACAUCUCAAAUGGCAGUAACACUCCAUCUUCUUCUGAGGGGGGUCCUGACGCAGUCAUCAUUGGGAUGACAAAGAUUCCUGUCAUCGAAAAUCCUCAGUACUUUGGCAUUACCAACAGUCAGCUCAAGCCAGACACCUGUGGAAACUGACAGCCCGGUUUCUCAGGUGACACAAGGAACGGUUCUGCCAUCCCAAAUGAGGCAGGAAAAACAUCACGCAGAACAAGGAAUUUUCCAUAAGAAACUGUACCAUAGCAACUGACAAAGACGUUGAAGCACAUUACACUUUCUCUGCUUGUUGCAACCUGUGCUUUGAUGCAACAGGACAUCAGAAAAGCGAAGACUUGUUUUUUUUUUUUUUUUUUUUUUUUCUUUUCCUUAUUUAUUUCUUUGGCCAGGAGAGUGAUUGCUUUAACUGGUGCUGCUUGAUCAUAAUGAAUUUAUUGCAAAAUUGUGUAACCUUUCCACAUCCGUCUCCAAAGUCUGUGCCAGAGCCUGUGUUCUGGCAUGUAUUGUCAUGCUAUAGCUGGGGAGGGUGAGGGAACUACAUCUGCAAACUUCCAUACGAGAUCACAAGCUUUUGAAAUUGUAGGAUCACUAACCAAAUGGGAUGCAGAAAUAUUUCCAACAGGCUGGCAGCUGUGCCAUACAUAGCAUCAAAAUAAAGCUGAGUCACUAAGUAGUGAUAAAUAAGCCAGCAAAAGUUUGUCUGUUUUUUUUUUUCCUGAGCAUAUCCCAAAUAAGAUUGUCUAGGGUAACAGAAAAGAAUCGCUGUACGGAAACAAGUGACAUUGGUUUGGAUACAGACAAACUCUUGCUGUACUAGGAACAGCAUUUUGUCAAAAUAUUGUAUGAAGUAUCUAAGAGAAGUCUUUGCAGGGCAGAUGUUUGGCUUGUUCCUGAGCAGCUGUAACAGGCUGUUCAGGAUGAACAAAUCUAAAUUAACAGGGCCUAAAAUGCCUAAGUGCAAAAACGGGAGGAAAUUCGAUUAGUACUACUAAUAAGCUGAGGUCUGAAGAUUCCCUUUCUUUUGAGCUAGAGCAGUCUAGUCAUCUUCCUUCUCUUUUUUCAGAGUUUAUCUUCACUGUGCCCAUACGUAGUCUCUGAGUUGUGCCCAUGAGCAAUUCAGGCUUGCACUUCUCACUGGAGACAAUAAACUCCAUGAUGUGAAUGAUCCUUCUCUCUACUGUAUAUGCAGAUACAAAUUACUGGGUGGAAGCUGCAUCAUGCAGCAAAUUUGUUAUGUAUGUCCUGUCUUUACAUUCAUGUUCCUACCUGUCCAAUUAGAAGGAUGGUGUUUCUGAGGCAAGAUGUACCUCUUUUCUGUGAGAGUGCAUGCUUCAGGUUCCCCUUGAUGGCAGUGGCAAGCCUGUCAUUGAUUUGAGCAAGUUGAAUAGGAGUCCUGUAGAGCUGGGCUUGAACUAAAAACUGUGUACUGAAGCAGAAGUCAUUAUGACUGUUCUUAACUACAGCUUUCACCAUGGCCCAUAUGUGAAAUCACAGUACUUUGUGCAAUAGCAGGGAUAAUGCAGGUUCUCUAACCACUUGCCCCCAGCUAUUGCAACUAACUUACAACUGGGCUAAUUAUAAUCAAAAAUACUUUUUAAAAUACUCUGGAUUUAAAAAUAUUUUUUUCCCCAAUGAUAGUAUUUGGAUGCUUAGCCAGAAUAGCCCUUAGUAAGACGCAACUUGCCAUUUUCCCUGAUCUACAGAACUGGCAUUUCUGAUGCCUGUUUGGCACAAUAUGAAGGAAAAGCAUUUCAGUAGCUCCUGUUCAGAAAUCUUGAUUUGUUUACAUUUAUGAAGGUGUGGAAAGGAAGCUGCAGCAAGUAGUUUUGAAGUGCUGGUUGUGGUAUGUUAAUCCCUGAGGGCCUGUUUAUUUUUAUGUGGGAUAGCACAUAAAAGACUAAACUAAUGACAUACAGACUGGAGUAAGCAAGGAAUUAGGGCAGUUAACUGAGCAGCAGACAUCACAUAUUUUCUUCCAUUCAUGGUGUGUCAUUUGUUUCUGUUGUUCUUCUUUUGGUUUUCUUUUGUUUUGUUUUUAAUUAGAGGGUGUUGUGGGUUUCUUAAUUGCUUUCUUCAGCAGCUUCUUUUGGUGACUGUUAAACUAGAAUGAUCCACUGAGUUUCCCAGUUUCCAUUUUGUGGGUGAAAGCAGGAUUAAUUUCAUGGCAUAAAAGGUAACAAUGAAGACGGUGGAAAGGAAAUAGAGCUGUUGUAAAAUCCUUUUUAUGAAUGUAUUUUUUUUUCAGUUGCUCUUAUUUUUGACUAUGUUUUAAUAUACUUAAACUAUAAGGAGGUCAAAUGCACAUCUGAAGAGUCUUUUCUUCAGAUUUGGAAAUUAAGAUGGCAGUGAGGAGUUUGGACCAUUGUUUUCAAAAUACACCAAAUAAGAACUUUGAUGAAUGUAAAGCACUUUAUAGCUUUGUGACACAGCCCAAAUAGAAAGCAAUUAAUCUUAAAAACAAACAAAAAGAGCCAACAAACAAACAAAGACCUAUUACAAGACAUCUAGACAAUUCUGGCCUUAUUUUCUAGAUGAGGAAAACAGUGAUGAAGGGAUUCACUCAGAAGGAGCAUCAUAAAAGUUGUUUGUUGAAGUCCUGAUGACAAAUACCUUUCCAUCUCUGUAUGUCUGUCUAGGUCUCAGAAAUAAACAAUGUUGCCUCUCUGUAGUUUCUCUGUAAGGGAAAAUGCAAAUCAGUAUGGUUAUUUUUGCAGUUAGAGCUUGUUAUAUUUUUGGAACAUGUGGCUGAAUUCUCAUAAUGAAGAGAGAGUUAAAAGGGAAGAAUAAAUGUGACAGAAGCAAUGGUGAAAACACCAUACUUCCCUGUAAGUUAGUUGUGAGCUGUAUAAGGGAAAAUUCUGGAAAAACUACCCACUAAAUCUUGGAAGUGGUUUAUACCUGAUCAUGUUAGCUUCUGACCCUUCCUCUUUUCUCUAAAAUUCUGACCAGAAGGGCAGACUAGAAAAACAGUAUCCUGGAAAUUGCAUUUGGACCAUUUUGUGGAUUCUGGACUACCAAAAGGCAAAGUAGCUUUAACUGGCUUAACACCAAGUCCUUCUUAAAAGCAAAACUUUAUUCAGCCUCCUGCUGGAGGUUGUCUAGCAAGAGGCAAUAGUUAAUCAACAGUGGUUGUGAACUAGUCUGUUAAUCUACCCUGGUGACAUCUCAUCUACAGGGCUGAGCAGUAACUCACGCCUCUCAGUGUUUUAUUUUAGUACAGACAGCAUGAUAACGACGGACAACACCUGUUUCCUUAGCUGCAAGUGCCAGUUCUGAGCAACUAGAGAGAAAAAUCCAGCUGUUUGACUAGUGACAGUGAAAAUGAUGGUAAUUUUUAAUACUUCCUUUACUGAUAAGCAUGUGGGGUAUUCUAUCAUUACAGCUGAACAAAUGUAGCAGCCAUUUUUGUUGGUUACUGCUGCUCAAAAUGUUUUCAGAGUAAAUGAAUAUGUAGGCAGUGGCACUUACUGCUCAGUGAGAGAACAUGAAAUUCAGAAGGAACAGGAGAAAAAAAAAAAAAAAAAACACUACAUUUUUCCUAUCUUCUUCCUGUGCAGACUACAGUUUCUCUAAACUGUGCUGUAAUAUUGUGGUGUAUGGUAGUUGAAAUAAAACAGACUUGUUUUUCUUUUUUUUUUCUUUUUUUUAAAAAAAGCAAUAGUCACAUAGAUGCUAAGUGAGAAAAGAACUUCUCUGGCCAAAACAUUUUUUGUUUCUAGCAGAGGCCCACGGAAUUAACAUUUGCAUUCACUUCAGCAAACAAGUAUUGCAGAAGAUUCAACUGUAAGUACUUUCCAAGAAUAAAGAGCACAGGGGGAAAAGAGUGUUUGAUUUAUGGUGACACGUAUUCAGCUUUUAUAGAAUAUCAUGCAUGUGUACUACCUAUCAUCGCAAAAUUAACUGGUACUAAUUGGUCAGCAUUGCCAACUCAGUCUGCUUAUGAGUGUAACACUCUUCCUUAGGUCAUGUUCAUUAUACUGACAUAAUGUGUCAGAUCCUGAAUAAAGUUCAUUCAGCCAUUUCUGCUGUUCUUCUUCUUGUUUCCCCUGCUAUGUGUGUGUGCUGCCAUCAGCAAAAGUUCACAUCU